AAUUUACUACGUUGGGUUCUCGUCACGGCUGAUCAUAUUACUCUGGAGGCCCUAGUACUUACCCCGAGGGAUCUUUGUCGUUGCGCAAUCAAUGCGCAAUAGUUUGUUAUUCCAUCACGUGUUUUCAUGUUCCUCGCUAACUUCUGAGUUUAUGCUAAGACCUGCAAAACCCAUCCGGGAUGUAGUCAAACAUUCUGUCCAUAUUCAGUACAAGCUUGAGCUUUUACGCUUAGGGCUCCAACGAGACAUCUACCCUAGGCUUGAUCAGUGUUUCCGGGAAGAUGCUUUCGAUCAAAAAUGGCCAUCCCUGUGGCAGUCCGACUUUGAUGUGGAUACUGUUUUCGAAGAAGCGAUACUGCCAUCGCCCAUGGUCACCCUGAACACUCAGCACCGGCCGCUGCCAAGCCAUCUUACUUUCGACCCUCUGCAGGAUCUUGCCGUCAAUCUUAAUCUUGUCUUUCCUUACCUGAUAGUUGCUUUUGCGACCGAUGCGGAACAAAAUCUUUUUUUGUGGAGUCUCAGUCGGCUUCAUUUCGGUGGAAUCCCCAUCCAAGCUCUGUCGAAUGCGCUUCCUCGGAGUGCAAACACACUAUUUAUGCACCCGACGAUUAUUUUGUUUAUGUUGUGUGCCAUCCUGAAAUCUGCGAUGAUCGUGUGGUUAUUUACUAUGACAUAGACGAAUCGGGCGACCUAGUUUCAUCCACCAUAUUCAUACAAGUGAUUCAAAGAGGAAGGGACAUGCGAAGAGUGAGUCCCUCCAUUCUUGAGAACAACUCUGCUGCUUAGCAUUAAAUCAACUUCGUUUACUAGAUCGACCUUAAGAUGAUCAUCUGUCACAAGUCCACGUUGUUGACCAGCU